AUCCCAUCUCUUUGUUUAACCUUUUUCUACUUUGACUGCUCUUCCAAAUGCAGACUUCCAGUUGGUCUUGUUUUUUCAAUCAAUUUUCUACUACCUCUUCCUAGUUCAUCCAGAAGCUUCACAAUUUUAAAACCAUCAACAACAACGCCACAACGCCACAACGCCACGUCGCCACCACCCCCCUCCAUUUCUAGAAGGAAGGCCCACUUUCUCACUCCAUCCAUGAUCCAUCCAUAUAUAUAUAACCUCUGUCCCAAUUAUCAAACACCAACAGCAGCAAGCAACGAGCAUCAAUUUCAUCCCAACUCAAAUCAUCAAAAUGGAAAACUUCUCUGAUUUUGAACAACAACAACAAGGGGUUGAAGAAGAUGCACUCUCCCUUUGUGAUCUAUUACUCGAUGAUGAUGGUGAUGAAUCAGUAGAAACCCCAAAAGCCUCUCCUUCUUCUGACCCAGCAGACUUCUUUGAAUUCUGCGUCGACCCAAUCUGUGGGUAUCUCCCCAUGGACGUCGUUUUCUGCGGAAAGUCCAUACUUUGCUCAAAACCCAUCACGCUUCCAACCCCAGAGCCUCAAAUCAAGAACCCAUUUUUCUCCAGAUCCGAAUCUCUCAGAUUCUCACAGGCCUCUGCCUCUCCAGCUCGUUCGGAUCCAGUACCGGCAACCGGUAAAUGCCGGUCGCCGUCGAGCAAUUCGCGGAAGCACAAGGUGCUGAUAGGGUUGGUGAAGUACCAGCCGGAGAUGGACUUGAGUGAGAUAAGGAAGCGGCAGAGUCGGCGCGCUCCGGCGCCCAUGUUCCCGGUGAUAAACGGUGGGGAGCAAUCGGCUGUAGUCGGUGGAAAGAGGGGGUCCGGGAAAGGGCACUGGGGUCCGAGGAUGAUGAGGCAGCUGAGGUGUCCAUCCCACCUGUUGAGCGCGUUGGCCAAGGCGACUCUUGGGUGUGUGCCACGUGUCACUGUGUGAGAUUUAGGUCUUAUUUGGGCGGCUGAUAAUUAAAUUUGUUUAUUGGUUUUGGUUCCUAGCUUGAAGCUUCGUCAUGUACAUAACAAAUUUUAUCAAUCUACAUAUUUUUUGGGUUCUA